GACAUAACACAGUUUUCCAUUUAAAAUUAUUCGCAAAUGAAUUUACCUAGCGAAAUUUCAGCCAACGUGCCGCCACCGUUGAUGUUGAGAGCUUGAGUUUAAGGUGGGAACUCAAAAGGUUCCUUUACAGUGUUUGAUUCAGAUAACUUUGUUAGGAUGGAAGAAAGGGCUAUUCCAAAUGAGUAUCAUCAUGCAGUAGGUUAUAGUUGAAUACCGUUUCAAUAAGUCAUGAUGUGUUAAUAAGAUCUGCAGAUAGUCUCAGAAGCUCCUGUGGGGGGAUUCAAAAUUAUGCUGAAAUGAAUAACUGCUGUCACUAUGAUGCUUAUGUGCAUCGUGUGAUUAGUACGUUCGUAUUCUUGCCCGCAUUUGUUUUCGUCUGAGUAAUAUGUUUCCGAAGGAGCAUUUAUGUCUGUUGGUCGCAGGACUUAUAUAUCUUGCAGUAUACACCCAACCUCACUCAUUUCCUGAAAGUCCUCUUCUUUGGCAGUAUGACAUCCUGGAUUACUCUCCAAAAUCGUUUAGCCGUUUGUAUAAGAGGACACGUCGCAGUACCUCGUCAGCUCCCGUUGUUCUACCUAUUAAUGCAUAUGGGAAAUCACUUCAACUGGUUUUGUUUCCUGAUGUCGAUGUGGUGCAUCCGAAUGCUAAGUUAAUUGUUGGUGGUCGUGAAUGGUCUGGUGGUCUUCAUGCAGCAACUGAACAUGUGGUGCGAGGAUACGUUGAUGGAUUUGAACAUAGUGUUGUGUACGGAAGUGUAAUAAGUGGCGUUUUUCGAGGGACCGUAUCCCUGAAUAAAAGCAAAUUACUACAUGCUCCUGGAUCUUAUGAUACUUACUUUGUGGAACCCGCAGGUUAUUUUUUUGUGGAGGACCUCCCGUUCCACUCUAUCAUUUACAGCGCAAAUGAUGUCAAGAUUUCUGGUGCUGGAAUUCAUAGUCGUGUUCGCCGUUCAAGUGGAUCCACAAAUCUCAACUUUUGCGGGUUAUCAAAUCCUAAUAUUGUUCAGAAAAUGAGCAGGACUAGUGAACUUGAGGACUUCAAAUGGAGAGACAGCACUUUUAGAUUUCGUCGUUCUUUAUUGGAAGCUUCUAUGCACAAUCCUACUUAUUUUGCAGAACGUCAGAGUUCACUGGCUCACUCAUUUCAAUCAUCGCAACACGAUAAAAAUAUUUCUCUUGUAUCCUAUAAAGGUGAAGGACCGAACACACGGGUGUGCAACCUGUAUUUGCAAUCCGAUACUUACCUUUGGGACCAUGUGAUAAAUAUGCGACAUAUUCGAGGUAAUAGGGAGCUUGCUGUCAAAGAAAUCACUUCCAUUUUCACGCAACAUGUUCAGGGUGCUCAGUUAAUCUAUCAAGAUGCAAUAUUUCGAGAUCAUGCGGGUCGUUUGGAAUUCCGAGGUGUCAGUUUCCGCGUUGAUCGAGUUCUUAUUAAUGUUACAGAAGAGGACUGUCGUAUUCGUCCAUGGACAUCUACAGAUUUCAGAGAUAGGAAUAAUUCUUAUUCAUCGCCAACCGCCUUACCACAUGAAACAAUUUAUGACUAUCUAACCAUUCAGCGGUUGAAUAACACUGAUCGCUUGGGAUUCGGUGGAUCUUAUGUUGAUGAAAAUCCUUUCUGUGCACCGAAUAUUGACAUUACUAAUUACCUUAAUUUACAUUCAUACAACAAACAUGAUGAUUUUUGCUUGGCAUAUAUUUUUACUUACAGAGACUUCUCAGGUGGGACACUUGGUUUAGCAUGGGUUGCUGAGCUAAGCGGAUCAGGUGGUGUUUGUGAAAAACACAGACAAAUGCGAGAAGGAAAUCAAAAUGUUCAUAAGAGUUUAAAUACUGGUGUUGUAACACUUUUGAAUUAUGGAUCACAGGUAGCUCUAAAGGUAUCUCAACUGACGUUUGCUCAUGAAGUGGGGCAUAAUUUUGGUGCUAAGCAUGAUGACGAUCAUAAAAAUGAACCAUAUGAAUGCUUACCGUCUGUUGAUGAUGUCCGUGGCAAUUAUAUUAUGUUUGCCAGUGCAACAAGUGGUGAUAAAGAGAAUAAUAAUAAGUUUUCAAGUUGCUCUCUUGACUCCAUUGCUAGACUGUUGGAUCGUGUACUUUGGGAUGAAACCAAUUGUUUUCUGAGUUCAGAUGGUGCAUUUUGUGGUAAUCAGCUAAUUGAAGAGGGUGAAGAAUGUGAUUGCGGUUUUACUAAAGCAAGUUGUCGAGAUAAAUGUUGUCAUCCCAAAGAUUCAUCAACUCCUUGCAAACUCGUUAAUAGUGUCCUCAUUGAUCAUAUUAAACAACCUGUUCAGUGUUCACCUACAGCUGGUGUUUGUUGCACUGAGAAUUGUCAAUACCGUCCAGAAACUCACAUGUGUCGUCCUGCUGGAGAAUGUCACCGAGCAUCUAAUUGCAGCGGCAAACUUGCUAAGUGCCCACCUGUAGAUAUUUUACCGGAUGGUACUCUCUGUCAGGACAACACACGUGUUUGUAAACAAGGUCAAUGCAUUGGUUCAAUCUGUGAGCGUAUUCCUGGUUGGCAUGAGUGCUCGUUGACUCGAGAUAAAAAGGUCACCCCCGAAUUAAUGUGUUUUGUGGCUUGUAAACAGAAUAUUUCUGGUGCCCCAUGCAUAAGUACUUUUCAACUAGAAACAGAUUCAACUUUGAGAGCGAAAUACCCACAAUUGGUCGCUGAACUCUUACGCAAUGGACGUGGUACUAAGUUACCGCCUGGAGCUCCAUGUGAUAAUUACCGGGGUUACUGUGAUGUCUUCAUGCGCUGUGUUUCAGUUGAUGCUGAAGGUCCACUUGCUAGACUAAGAAAUUUAAUAUUCAGUCCACAAAUGUUACAAAAAGUCAAAACAUGGAUAACAAUUCAUUGGUGGGCUGUUAUUCUUAUCAGCGUAGCAGUUAUUAUUGGUAUGAUCGUUUUCGUCAAAGUCUGUUCUGUAAGUACUCCAACCGCUCGUGCACACAGUAUAGAUCGUAAUAAACCCACCUUACCUCCAUUUUUAACAUCGAACCAUAUAAGUCCUGAAGCUGUUGAUCAUCCUGUCAUAUGGACUGUUACGAGUCACCCUCUAAGAUGGCUUGGAUCACCUAAUCCACCAGCAAGUAAUCGUCGUUUUCAAUCUCCAUGGGGAUGGUCUCGUAGGCCUAAAGGUGCUGAAGUCGUUAUACGAUGUCCACCAACGUCUGAAAGAACUUGCAUCCUACCCACCGCCCCUCUAAGUCCAUUGGAUUUCCCCCCACCGAAUGCACGCCAAACACCGUUGCCAAUACUACGUCCCAGUCGAGAAGUAAGGAGACUUCAAGUUAACUCCCCAACGUCGAUAGUCGAAUUGCCAUUUCUUCCGGUUCCUGGUGGCAGCAAAACUGCUGAAGAUAUCCAACCAAUCGAUUCUGGUGCUGGUGAUAUGAAUAUUGAAUUUCUGCAACAGCACAAUUUUUAUCAAAGAAUGCCGAGAUCUAGAAGUUCACAGCCCAGACCUAAUAGUGUCCUUAUCCCCUCAACAAGUGAGUCAUUCAAUCAUGUUAGAAUAAGACAACCGAAAAUCCCGUCAAAACUGGGCAAUGGAAAAGUGAAGAAGAAACUUCGGCCCGUUUCUGAAUAUGCAGCUAAUAAUUGUAUUCCUGCCCAGGUUAACUGUCGUAUUGAGGAAGAAAUACAACCUCGUGUAUCUGAGAAUUCCCCACGCAUCCUAAGAACUAAUAUCAGCAAUCAUUCUCGCAGCAUUCCACCCCCGUCUUACGACGAUUUAAUUCAAUCUCCAUAGGAUUUUCGCAUUGCUAAAGCUAUCAAAUCAGCUAUUAAACUCUAGUGUUCUCCUUCUCAGUGCCAACUUUCUUGUAUUUUUGAUUUGACAAGAAAUUUUGUUUUUUUUUUGUUUGUAAAUGGGCAAACAUUUUCAUAAUAAUCGUACAUUACUCUGCUUUUCGACUUUGUCUUUAUUUCUUCUAUUUGUUCCCAUUAUGUUAUCACGCCGCCGCCGCCGCCACCACCACCACCUGGUCUUCCAUCACUUUCACGAUUACUCCUUCAUAUAUUAUGUAAUAAUCAGUCUUGUUUCUGUGUAUUUCUUGAAGAGAAAAAAAAGCUACUUUAUAUGAGAUUCAUUUCAUGCAAUAUUUCGCAUUUUUUGUUCCUCUUAUUGUGAUUCCUUUUAACUGAUGCAUUAUCUCGUCCUGCAUACACACACUCACACCUACGCAUAGAAUUCAAAGUGGAACACCAUUAUUCACUGCACCUUCCUUUCUUAGUCAAUCGAAAUAAUGACAACAAUAAUCUAAUGCAAAACUCCAAAAUAUUCUUAUUUUAUUUACAGAGAAGAAGAAAGAACAUUAAAUCUAUUUCUCUUCUAUUUCCAUAAAGAGAGCAUUUUGAAGCGAUGAAGGCUCGUUUUCGUAGCCUUUUUCGAUUACCUAGUCUGCGCUAUCCCUAACCAAAUAAUUUAUGUGGCUAAAUUUUUUUAUCUUUUAAACUAUUGUGUCCUCUCCUUUGCUAUUUUCUUUCUCAUUUUUGAUUAUUACUUGCCUUCACUGGUGGUGCGUUACACUGUUAAUAAAUUUACAUUUGACUAAGUAAUUUCCUUUGGGUAUUUUUCCUUAAAUGUGAUGAUGAUGCGCAAUUGAUUGCUGUUUAUUUGAGAUUCUAUAUGUCAUUAUUGUGAUUAUUAUUAUUACUAUUAUUGCUACUGCUAAGUUUUUCUCCAUGUGAUUAUAACAAACAAUAUCACAAUCAUUUUUAUGAAUUAUUAUGAUUAUAUUAUAUUGUUGAUUUUUUUUAUACUCUUGUGUUUCUUUGUACAUGUGCAUACAACACAAAAGAAUAAUACUCAAUCCUAUAAAUGUUCUAGUUAGUCACAUGCCACCUUUUUCUGUACAAGUCGUUUUCAUUUCUUUUAAUCAAUAAUUUUCAUGAAGGAGAGGGUAUACGAGCGAAAGCGAUGGUGUUUGUGUUCAGUAUAUUCCUGUAUGUGGGUUCUUGGUAAUCAGUUACUGAGAUGUGUAGGUAAUUUGUGUGUGAGUACUCGAUUUCCACCCAGUAGGUCCUGGUUUCGAGUCAUGCUUCACCUUCUUCCGCCUGAGCAGAUGGGCAGCAUCAUCAAACUUCACACACAAUAAGUGUGGGUAACGGAGUUCUGGUGUAACACAAUACAGCAAUCAAUUGCAUUUCCAUUCACUUAGCAGUUAGACUGCCAUUGGCGACUUGCUUGAACUACUGGGCUACUUAAAUUUCCAUCCAGCAUAGUGCAUCUGCUUUUCUCCGUUUCUUUUUGUGUUAAUCUUUCAAUUAUAUCAUUUUAAUCGCUGCAUGAGGUCAUACAAAUCUUUAAUUGGCUUCUAAACUAUUACUGUGCACUUCAAGAAGAAAGUGAAAGAGUCAUCUUCAACGUAUUUUGUUCCAAAAUAUUUCCUCUUCAUAAAGGAUUUACAUUUAACGUAAUGAUCUGAAGUAUAUCAUGUGAAGUAGUAUUAUUGCAUACCACGGGAAAACCGAUUCUGUACAUUUUCUCUUCAUUUCCUUCAAGAAUUACACAGCAUUCUGUUGGAAACUAAUUGAAUGUGUGCACGAAUUCAUUUAUUGAUCAUUUGAUAUAAUUCCUUGAUUGAAACAAUAAGAAAUAUAGAAAGGUUUGAGCAGUUUGAUGGAUGGAAAUUCUGAUUGUUCAGAGACUGAAGCAGUCCACAGUUAAUAGCAUAUGUUCUCGCACCCUUAUAUGCAAAGCACGAUUACUACCCACCAUGUAUGUGUGACCACACCUACUUGCAUAUAAAAUGCUACACAGUAUGGAAUGUUAAAUAAUGACUUGUGCAACGUUGAUGCUUGUGGUUAAACAUGUUUCUGGCUUUUCUUUUGAUAAUUAUAAGCCGGGAUGCGUAGUAAGUUUUACAGGUGUCUGGAUUUGGUCUUUGAUGUAGAUAUCUUUCUUUAGGACGGAAUAAAUUCAUAGGCUCUGAGACAAUCUGAUCUCUACACUGGCUUGAAAACUUCGAAGGUUAUGCGUUAUCAACAGUUGUAUCCAUCAAUAUUUUAUCGUCAUUAUCUACAACAAACACUGUGAAUCCUCUUGAAUAAGCAAUUAACCAGGCUUGUGUUAUAUCGUAAUAGACAGAAACUGUGACUGUCGGUUGGUCAGUAAUUUCGCAAUUUUCAAGUUUUAGUUUGUAGGGAUUUAAUUGGUUUCAUAUUUGUUCACGAAUCGAUAUUAGUCAGAGAACCAACGCAAACCACGGAGUCCUAGACAGCCGUUUUGUUUCAGUUUGACAUUCUUCGACAGUAAACACCUAUGGAAAAAAACAGCUGCAGUACUCCCUGGUUUCCAAUGGCCCUUUAACUGAUGUUAAUCUGUGAUCAAAAUUGGGACGCAUUCCUGAAAGCACUUGGAUGCAACUAUUUGCUGAAGACAAUAUGUAAUUAGAACAUGCAGUACUGAAGAGUUCUAUGCGUAUAAAAUGCAACUAGAGGCUUUUGCCUAUUCUGCUGAAAAGGUUUAGAAAAGCAGUGUCUAUGCAAAAGAGAAUGUCGAGAAAAUCUGUAUCGAAGACUCUAUGGUAAUAGUUAUCUAUCAGUUUACAAUCGACUCAUAACCUGAGCGUCUUGGGUUCGAUCCUCCGUAGGGUCCUAGAUGCGUACUGCUGACAAGUCCCAAACUCGAACGACGAGGCUGUCUAGUAUCCCUUGUUUUACAGUGGCUCUCUAACUGAUAACAGACCGUGAUCAAAGUUGAUUUGACAAGUAGUGGUUCUCCUAACAGUGUAAGUGUGCGAGCACCAUGACUCAUUAAAAUGGAAUCUAUUGUCCAAUUAGACAAUAUACCCC